AUGUCGCGCCACCCGCUGAGCUCUCUGACCGAGAAAGAGAUUCUUCUGUGCUCGGGACUCAUAUGUGGGGGCUAUGGCGACGAUAAGAGGCUCCGGUUCAAGGGCAUCACCUUACACGAACCCAGCAAGGAGGAGAUGAAGAUGUUCGAGACGACCCAGACUGUUCCUCCGCGUCGGGCCUGGGUGAAUUACUACAUCAAGGGCACCGGCUUCUUCUACGAGACGGUGGUCAACCUCACCAAGCGUCAGGUGGAAUCCAACCAACGCGUGCCGGCGGGAUUCCACGGUCCAUGCGACGACGCCGAGAUCCUCGAGGCCGAAAGAAUCACGCUGGCCGAUCCCCGAGUGCAGGCGGAGAUCAAGAAAUUACAACUUCCGCCGGGGGCAACGGUGGUUUGCGACCCGUGGAUCUGGGGAGCGGACGGGGUGGCAGACGAUGUUCGACAGUACCAAUGCUACAUGUACCUCCGGGCUCCCGAGCACAGCCACGAGCCCGACAGCAACCACUAUGCCCACCCGCUGUCCUUCUCGCCGGUGUUUGACACGGUGACGAUGACGGUGACGCGGAUCGAGUACCUUCCGACCGGGGCGGGGUUUGAGACCAAGCCGACACCGACCGAACCGCAGCGACUGACCGCGGCGAACGAGUAUAUCCCCGAGCUGAACGCGCCGCUGCGGACGGAUCUGAAGCCCCUGGUGGUGCAGCAGCCGGAGGGGGCGUCGUUCACGGUGUCGGACGACGUGAUUCGCUGGCAGAAGUGGGAGUUCCGGCUCAGCUUCAACUACCGGGAAGGCAUGGUGCUGCACAAGGUCAGCUACGACGGUCGGGCGUUGUUCUACCGCGUGUCGCUGAGCGACAUGUCCGUGCCGUAUGGGGAUCCCCGGCCGCCGUUCCACAAGAAGCAAGCCUUUGAUCUGGGCGACACGGGCGCCGGGCUGAUGGCCAACGAUCUCAAGCUGGGCUGUGACUGCCUGGGCGCGAUUGCGUACCAGGACGGCCUGAUCGCCGACGACGAGGGCCGGCCGCUGUGGAAGCGAAACGCCGUGUGCAUCCACGAGCAGGAUGCCGGCUUAUUGUGGAAACACACCAACUACCGCACCAACCGCGCCGCCCUGGUGCGCAAGCGCGAGCUGGUGCUUCAGUCCAUCAUCACCGUGUCCAACUACGAGUACAUUCUCGCCUUUGUCUUCGACCAGGCCGGCGAGAUGACCUACGAGGUCCGCGCCACCGGCAUUCUGUCCACCCAGCCCAUCGACCCGGGCGUCCACGUCCCCUGGGGCACCGUGGUGCAUGACGGCGUUCUGGCCGCCUACCACCAGCAUAUCCUGUCUCUCCGCAUCGACCCGGAAUUGGACGGAGACAGCAAGAACUCGCUCGUCUACGAAGAGACCAAGCCGCUUCCAAGAGACCCGAAAUCGAACCCGCAUGGCAAUGGCUACAUCGCCUACCGCCGGCCCGUGUUGACUUCGGGAGGCUACGAUCUCGAAUCGUCCAUGAACCGCGUCUACAUGAUCGAGAGCUCCAAGGUGAACCCGGUCAACCUGAAAAAGACGGCCUACAAGAUCCGCGUCCCGCCAAUGCAGCCGCUGCUCGCUGACGAGGACAGUUUCCACUACAAGAGGGCCGACUUCGCCGACCAUUCCAUCUAUGUGACCAAAUACCGCGACCACGAACUCUUCGCCGGCGGCCAAUACACCAACCAGAAUCGACAGACCACCGGCGUACGGAAAUGGGCUGCUCGACAAGAUUCCGUGGUUGAUGAAGACCUGGUGGUUUGGGUGCAGUUCGGCCUGCAACACGUUCCGCGUUGCGAAGAUUUUCCUGUAAUGCCUGCCGAGAUCAUCCGAGUGUCCUUGAAACCAGACAACUUCUUCACCAAGAAUCCUGCCAUCGACGUACCACCAUCCACGCAAGCCAGCAAUCGGUCCACGUUGAUUGAAACCUCAAAGACCGCGAAUGAAAGCUGCGAUGGGCCACGGCUGUAA